ACUCCAUUCAAACAAAAAAGAACCUUACAGAGUUGCUGAUUCCAAGCACCCACGCUGAGACUCAUUUCUUACAGUCGCAGCUACCUUUUUUGUUUCUCACCGCCUCAAUCUUUCCACUUCUCAACAACUCCAUUUGAUUUGGUUCUUUUCUUGUUCUCAACCUGCUGCCCAUGGAACAGCUACUGUAGGAAACUUGACCUUCAAUGGCGGGGAUUUCGUAAAGCAAACCAAAAUUUAUCCGAAACCCGCCAUUGCCGCCUAAGUCGAAGCUCCUCUUAAUGGGGUUCUUUGCAUUCACCAUCCACACUCUUCUCUUGCUGUUCGUAUUUUGGUUUCCCUUCUUCUCAGGAGCCAAAGGCGGUGUUGAAACCGAUGCACUUGUUGGCUCCUCCGAGCAUUUCGUGCCGUCUCCUAAAACUCUCCAUUUCAAGAAUGGGUUUCAGAGGAUUCUUCUCAGCGUUGCGUUAGGGGUCGUUACUGGACUUACUGGCGCUUUGCUUUCUGUUUGGUUCAUUCGGAGCCUUGUGGGUUACUUAAACAGAACCCCACUUCUCGAAGGACCUCUAAUAUUUUCCCCCAAAAUCGACGCCGAUGCUCUUCAGUCAGCGCUGCGGAAUCAAACCCAGUUGUUGGGUUCGAGUUCGAGUUCGAGCCCAAAUGGGAAGUGCUACAGGGAGGUUCUCGCGAAUGGGCUGGCGGUGGCGGUGAAGAGGCUCGAACCCAUUGAAUGCGGUAGGGCAGAGGCACGGCGGCGGAUGCAGCAGCAGCUGGCAGUGCUUGGUGGUUUGAAGCAUCGGAAUGUGAUGAGCUUAAGGGCUUACGUCGCCGAAAUGGGAAGCUGCUGCUUGGUUUAUGACUUUGUGCCCAGUGGGUCUCUUGAGGACGCAAUGAGGAAAGUGAGAGAGAACCAAUUGGAACUUAAUUGGGAAGUUCGGCUGCGAAUUGCCGUUGGGAUUGCCAGAGGGCUUCAGUUUCUUCAUUUUGAAUGCAACCCUCGAAUUCUUCACUGCAAUUUGAAGCCUUCAAAUGUGCUGUUGGAUGCAGAGUUUGAACCAAGAUUGGCUGAUUUUGGGUUAACAAAUCUCAUCUCUGAUUUUGAUGCACCACCUUCUUUGUACACUGCCCCCGAGUGUCUUAACAGCUCCAGGUAUACUGACAAGAGUGACAUUUUCAGCUUUGGGGUUAUACUGAGUGUUCUGUUAACCGGUAGAAAUCCGACCGAGCAGGCUUCGUUGGACGGAGGAGAUGACAGUGGCAGCGAGGGACGUUUAGGACGGUGGCUCGACCAAUCAGUGGAUCCACGAGAAGCUCUGGAUAAAGCCAUCAGAGGAGAAGGAAUGGAAGAAGAAGAAGAAGAAGAAGAAGAAGAGAUGGUGUUGGCAUUGAGAAUUGCUGGUGUGUGCGCAUCAGAAUUGCCUGAGGACAGGCCUUGCAGCGAUGAGCUACUUGCAAUGCUGACCCAAUUACAAAGCUUUUAAAGCAGUUUGUAGGCAUAUUUUCCGGCCAACAUUGAUUGAAAAGGGGAGGGGCCAGGGGCAAGGUCUUAAAGAGUGGCAUUAACUUGAGUUUGUCCUCAUACUCAAAUCUCAAACCCCAAACCCCAUGUGGGACCUUAAGCCCAACCAAUCAUGCUCCAUAACAGGAACAGCUCAGCCUCUGACCAAAAAAUGUGUCUUACCUAUCACCUGCCUCACACACUGCACCUCCUAACAAUGCCUCCAUUAAUAUAUAACUUGUUUUUUGCUUGGACUUUUAGUAAUACUUCAUGAUGGAAACCCAUACGUUUGCCAUGAUAAGUUUUCUUC